ACACCCCCCACGCACACGCACAUCCCCACGCACACAACCCCUAAGCUCUGGAGCCUGCAGCAUACUGUGUCAAGCAAAGUGGCUCUGCUUAGUUAUAGCACCAUUAUAGAGCAUUUUCUGGGCACUUGAAGGACUUCUGUGGUGGUUUGGGGGGGGCUCUUGGCUUUCACUUUGCCUCAGAUCAGUAUUAUGUCAGUGCUGAUCGCAGCAGCAGAUUUUUCUGUGCUGAUGAUAAGGGUUUCUUGUUUUUUCUUUUAAUUAGUAUCGUCUCUUUUUGCAACAAGCCGCUAUCAGAAGAGGCAAAGCUAAUUGGUUUGCAGCCGCCCUGCGGCUGCAGCGAUGGUGUUCAUGCCUGGAAAGCCUCGCUCGGGCUCUCCCGGCACUAGGACCUGCCUGGCUCCCGGGCCGCGGGCACGGAUUAAAUAUAGCACCGCGGCGCAGGCGGCCCGGGAGCCGGCCAUGGCCCCGCUGUGCCCGGUGGCGGCCGGGCUGCUGCUGGGCCCGGCGCGGGCCGCCUGCGACCCCGCGCUGCUGGGGCACCACCGAGUCACCCUCUGCAUCAACGUGUCCCGGCAGCAGCCCUUCCCAGGCCUCCCGCACCUCCGCUGCAUCCGCGUGCCCGUGUUCGACGACCCCGCCGAAGACCUGUACCGGCACUUCGACCGCUGCGGCGAGGCCAUAGAGGCGGCGGUGCGGGGCGGCGGCACGUGCCUGGUGUACUGCAAAAACGGCCGCAGCCGCUCGGCUGCCGUCUGCACGGCCUACCUCAUGCGGCACCGGAAACUCACGCUCAAGGAGGCCUUUGCGGUACCGUACCCAUGCCCAAAUUUGCAUUUAGACAUCUCUGGGACCGUGAAGGCUGCCAGGCCAGAAGCCGAACCCAACGCAGGAUUCUGGGCUCAGCUGCAGCGAUACGAAGAAGAGUUACAAAUGCAACGGCAGUCUGCUGAGCAAAGGACUUAAUGCUCUUCAAAACAGCAUCACGCAACAUUAUUUUAAAAGAGGCUUAUGACAGAAAAAAAAAGAAAGAAAAGAAAAGAAAUCACUGCCAUGUUAUAUGUCACUAAUAAAUAAAAGA